UUCGUGAAAUUUUGUCAAAUUAGACAGUCAAUAUCAUUGUCUGUUAGUGAAGAUGCCAUGUGGAAAAUAAAAAGUAAUACAAAUAAAAUAAUUUAAUAAAAUAAAAAGAUAAAAAUUGGAUUUUAUCUCAAUACACUGUCGCCCUGCCGUCCCACCGUCGCCGCCCUCUGUCCGGAGUCUCCCCUUCGAAUUCAGCUUCGCCGCCCAAAUCCCUAACCCCCACCUAAGCCGCCUCUACAGCAAGCUCACCCCUUCCAUCGCUCACGAUGCCACCGCAAUUUCCGAGUUAAUCAAUGGAGCUUUAGGAGUGGAGUGAUAGAAAACCGAAUCCAUCUCCGACCUUAUCCUCAACAGUGCUAUUGUCUCCAGCCGAGGCCACCAUUUUGCGCCAUAACUACCACCACUAACUUUCUGGCCCUGCCUCUUCUUCCUCUUGUUGCUGCUCCUCUCGCCCUAAUUCGAAUUGUCGCCUCCUUCGUCUUUCUUCCCCCUGUUCCAAGUCCGACGGCAGCGCCAUUGGGUGGCGGAGGAGCUACUGCCAUGGCGAUGUCCCUACCAGAGAAAUUAAAUCUCCUUCCCAACCCUUCCCUACCAGGGCGUACUGCAAAUUCCCCCCCUCCACCCCCUAACAAUGGUCAAACAAAAUGAUUCUGAGUGGAAAAACAAAAGAGGUGGCGAAAAUCGGAAUUGGAAAUUUUCCUAGGCCAGAUCUUCAUUUAGUUUCGAGUCCGGCUAGUAGAUGGUUAAUUUUUUUUGGAAAUUAUUUACUUUGUAUCUAAAGACAAUGUUUUCACUUCAAAAAAUAACUCUUUAGAAAAGAAAUCUAUCACGUGAAUAAUGGUGGUACAUAAGUCAAUUGUGUAUGUUGAUGGUAUGAAAUUACAUGUCACUAGUAUAGUUUUAGUAAUUGUAAUUCUACGGGUUAAUAGUAUUUUCUACCUUUGUAUUAUUGAAAAUUAACAAAUGUACCCAUCUAUUAUUUUUUUUUUUUCAAAAACAUACCCUUCUAUUAUCAAAAUGUAACAAACAUGUCAUUCUGUCUAAAAUUCUAUUAACUAACGGUAAAAGGCUCUCACCAAAAAAAACCUAACGAUAAAAGGAUGGUAAUUGACUAUAUUGCCCCUCGCUUAUUAAGUAAAUCAUUCUACUCUUUUUUCAACAAAAAUAAAAAAUCAUAUUGAUUUAGAAUUAGUUUCUAAUUCAUUCACUCAACCCACGCUAUUCAUCGUCACUUCGACAACAUUGACCCCAACUACUCCAAUGAUGUCCCGAUAACACCUAAAUUGGUGUUAUUUACCCUUUAUAUUGAGGUUUGUUUCGUGCCAAUUCAUGUGCAUAAAUACUUAAACAUCACCAAUUGCAUCCCUAUUAUGUUCUAUAUGAAUUCGAUGUAAUUUUAGUGUGUGUUAGACGAUAUAUGCGAAUUAGGUACAAAAAAAUGUCACAACUAUAGCAAAGGGGCAGGAGACUGGAGAUCGUGGUCUAGAAGUGAAGAUCACGGGCGAGAUCCUGCACCGCAAAGUCAAGCUAAAGAUCGCGACCUGGAAGCCCAAGAUCACGGCCACGAAUAGGAGGGCUCAAGGAGCGAACUUCGAGAGGAAGGAGCCAAGGAGAAAAAGAGAGUUUCCUAAGUCGAAUCACGACCACAAUGCUUUUUGACCGCGAGGAAGAUCGCAACAACUAGCGGAUCGCGACUGCGAAGUCAGCCCGCAAUCUUCUCAAUUUCGAAGGCCAGCAUGACUGCAUUUCAAGAUCGCGACCGCACCUUUGAAGAUCCCGCCCGCGAUCUUUACUCUCCUGGCCGCGAACUUGUCUGCCCCUGAUUGCCUAUAAAUAGGAGACCCCUUUCCCCAUUUUAGAUGAGAUGAUUUUGAGAGAAGAUUUUAUGGUUUUAGAGAGAGAGAACAGAGAGAAGCUGAAGGAAGGAGAAAAUGAAAAGAAGGAGAAGGAGCUAGAAGAGAGGAGGCAUCUUCCUCAACCUCAAGUUUUCUUCAAUUUCUUCUAUGUAUCUUCUUCUCUCCAUUAUGGAGUAGCUCAUUGAUUCAUUUAUUCUUCCUGAGCCCCUGAAAUUUCUUCACUGGCUUAUCUCUCAUUUCUUCUCCCUCGCUCUCAUCAUCAUAAUGUUUUGGAAGAACUCGAUAUUUUCAUCCUUGCAAGUGCCACUAAAGGGAUUAAGGUCAGCCUCCCCUCCUUGAUGUAUCAUAAUAUGAUUCAGUCUGUUCCCUGUAUUGAAGAUCAUAGUGAUGACCUUCCACAUGGUACCCUAGUCACCAAGUUUAUUGAGUCAGUUGGCAUUAGACUUGAUGAUUAUGUAUUCUUGAACUCCAAGUCUGUCCCCAUUAUUGUGUCUCGUGUGAUGAAAUUAAGCAACACCUACGAUGCUCGCCGAGAUCGAAUUCAUAAUGUAGCGGAGGACGCACCAGACAAACGCCUCCGGAUUGGUUCAGGACCAUAUGAACAUGUGUUUGCUGCUGUGUUCGGCAGUGAUGAUGAUUCUAUAUGGUGGUGAAGGUUUGUUUGUGAAUGAUUGUCGUCAGCAGUAGAGAGAGGGAUGCAAGGGUACUUAAGGAGUUGAAAUGAGAAGAGGAAGAAGAAGUCUGUUUGUGUAGCCAUGUGCAUUUCUGUUUUGAUUUAUAUUUGUGAAAAAUGCUUAUGUAUUUGUAGACUGGUAUUUGUGUUUAUAAUUUUGUAAACAAUGAUGGUUGCGUUAAUGUUUGAAUUGGUGUGUUAGUUAUGUUGAUUUUGUUGUUUUAAUCAUCUCCAUCCCUACCCUUUAGCAAUUGCUAAAGUGAUGUGCCACUUUGCUUAGAAAUUGUUUACUCAUUCAAAUGUUAUGUAGUAAGAUUGUAAGAAAUUAAAUGGGUCCCACUUUAGAAAUUAUUUAUUGAUUGCAGGGAUGGAGAUGAUCUUAUGAAUUCGAACAAUGGGUUGUGUUUUUCUAUAAACCUUACCACACAUCCCACAAGUCUCCUUAUGCAACCCAUAAUAUUUGUUUCUGACACCAUAACGUUCUUUCUCGAGGUCAUGAUAGUAAUUAAUGAGGCCAAUUCCAUAAUAUUUGUGAAUAGCAUUCGAACAAUGGGUUGUGUUUUUCUAUAAACCUUACCACACAUCCCACAAGUCUCCUUAUGCAACCCAUAAUAUUUGUUUCUGACACCAUAACGUUCUUUCUCGAGGUCAUGAUAGUAAUUAAUGAGGCCAAUGCCAUAAAAUUUGUGAAUAGCAGUGGGUUUUUUCCAUCUUAAAUGAAUAUCAUCAUUACCACCAGGUGAGUGAGAAAGAGUCUAGUCUACUUACCCCAACGGAGUUGUCUCCUCAUUACUUCUUUUCGGUUCACAAACUAUCUGCUUUUUUAUUACUAAACCGCUGCAACACUCCAUGUGUCGCUUCCUCUUUUCAAUGCAUUAUCUCUCCUUCUCUCAUCAAAAGAGCUUCCUUUUCAUCCCUCCAGUUUCAUGUGAAACUUUGCCCUUUUUCUCUGAUCACUGCCACUUCUGCCCCAUUGCUGUCUGGUUGUGUUUUUCCAAUCUUGAGAAAGGAGGAUAUACGACUUUUGGGGCAUACUUCGUUUUAGAGUUUCUGGGUGAAAAUGUUCGCUUUGAUUGGAAUUUUUUUUCCUGACAGACUGAAGCUUCAUUGCGGAGGUGUUUGUUUGAUAGAUGAGCCGGAUUAUGUGAACUCUGAGUCAGACCUCCGGGUUCUAACAGGAAAGAAUAGAGAUGGCUCUGUUCUGAAUGAUGAUCUUCGUUUGCUUCACUGGCUUGUCGCUCAUUUUUCCUCCCCCACAAUUUUAACCAUAAUGUGUUGCUUCCCUUUGAUAUAUUUUCCUGUCCCAUGAAAGGAGAGGGCAAAAGGUCAAUCUUUCAUCCAUGAUGUGUUUAAAUAUACUCAAUUCUGUCCUUGCUAUUGAUCACAAGUAUGGUAUUACUGACAUUCCUUAUGCCAUUCUGGUGAACACGUUCCUCAAGAAAGUUGGCGUGGUUCUUGUUGCUUAUCCAUCCUCUAAUAGCCUUUCUGUGUACCAUCAUGUUGCCGCCAUCGUUGAAGAUCUCCGGGACCCAGUACGAGCUUAUCAGCAACGGUAUCUGAUAGACGACAUGCUUAAGAGAAUGCUGCAAAACAGGGAUCGAGAGGACAGGGAUGGACAGAGGGAUAUGGGAGCUGAUGAUGAUGAUGAUGAUGAUGAUGAUGAUGAAUAUGAUGAGGAUGAUGACUUAGUUGAUGAUGUUGAUAGUGGAUUUCGGGCUCGUCGACAAGUUCAGUGAAGAGGAUGAAGGAUGAAGGAGGAGGAAGAAGAAGGCGAUUGUUCAUGCAACAAAUGGAUCAAUCUAUU